CUUCGUACUGCAAACCAAGCGGAUAAGUGAAAGCCACUUGAGUCAUUAUAUUCAUUCACAUAAAUUGUGGUUGGACAUUCCAUUUCGACAUUUUUCUAUAAGGUAGAGAUGAGUGUUCGUAGCCUCGUCAUUGGAAAUCAACCACAUGAAUAUUUCUUUUAAUAAACAACAUCUACACUUUUGUUUCUAGUGUGACUACCCACCAUUUCAACUGUCAUGGAGUUGUUGGGUGGUCUCCCACAUUGUAUUCCGGGGGAAAACAUAGAUUUUCUGUCUGACAGAACAGUAAGAGGAUUAAUAGCAGAAGGCAAAAUCAGCAAUAAGAACCAAUUAAACAAACAGAUAGUUGAAGAUAAUUUGGAGUUGUUACUCAAAAAAUGGUUUGAUGAGGGAGACGAUGAGUGUGCAUUUUAUCUUGGUCAGAUUUAUUUCGAACAAGUAAGUCCGGUUGGGGAACUGAAACUGCGAAAGCAGGGUAGAUAUAAUGAAGCAUGGAGAUUUUUUCACAUUGGCUGCUAUAAGUUUAAUGAUCAGCGGUCCAAGUUCCAGCUAGGUGUGAUACUUUAUAACAAUCUAAUCAGUAAAGAAAUAAGUAAAAUUCCGAACCCACAGGCUAAAGCUUGCCAACUCUUUGAGGAGAUUAUUACCUCGAGUCAUAUUGGUUCACCUGAUGGCCAGCGAAACCUUGUUUUUUGUGCAGCUUAUAAUCUUGGACGAGCCUAUCAUCAAGGGUAUGGGAUAAACCCAUCUUUAGAUGAUGCACUGAGAUGCUUUUUAUUGGCUGCAAACAAUGGCGAUCCUAAUGCUUCUGUGUCAGCUCAAACAGCACUUGGCUACUUAUAUUCAGGACCAGAAAUCCGAGAUUUACAAAAAGCUUUUCAAUGGCAUUCUGAUGCGUGUGGGAACGGUAGUGUAGAAUCUCAAGCUGCACUGGGUGUAAUGUAUUUAUAUGGGAUAGGCGUAAAGGAAAAUCGUGAGAAUGCCCUAUUCUGUCUAUCGGAAGCUUCAGCUAGAGGUAGCAUGUAUGCCAGAGCGAAUUUAAUCUACUUUUAUUAUAAACGAAAAAUGUUUACAAAUGUUUGUUAUUUAGCUAGCAGAAUGGUCUCCUGUGAUAGUUUUGUCUCAACACCUGAGUGUAUACAGACAUUCCAAUAUCGAGCAAUGUCCAUGGCUUGUUUUCUUUACGCAUUAUGCUUAAGAAGUGGAAAAGGUGUACAAAAAGAUGAAUUAUUAGCCUCACAAUUAUUCUCCAAGAGUAUUGAAUGGGAUCCUUUAUUGGCUGCACGGUAUGCACGUUUAGUUAUUGCUGGUGAAUUAUAAAUAUUUACAUGAAUACAUGUGAAGAAUUUUACAUGAAAUUAUUUUUAUAAGAAAAUAUUCAUACUCUUCAAGUCCAUUUAUGUCCUCGUCAGCUUUUUUAUGCAUUCAAUUUGUUUUAUUUCCUUUUAACAGCAUAAACAAAUAGUCUUUUAUUCAUUCUUUUUUCUUUUCAUCAUUUGAAUAGAUUAUUUUUCGUUCAUUUACUGAAAAUUUCAAUUCAAGUGAUUUGUACAGCUGACCUUGAAUUCUACUAGCUUAACAGACAAAUAAAGAGUUCAAAUGUGAUUGGAUGAUGUUCCUAACUGAA